CUCUCUUUUGGUAUGAUACACAAAUACGAGUCAAGCAUAGGCGUUGGAUGACAACUGUCGUUUUUGGUUGUGUGAUGUAGAAUAGCAGUAAGCAUCACUUCAUGUGUGUUUCAUAAAAGGCGACUUAAGGAUUCACCAGAGUAUGGGCUAGCAAAAUUCUUUAAGUAUUUUACCAGCGCACGACGAUCGCCAACUGGUAUUUUUACUAAUAAGAGAAGGUAUUGUAGAUUCUCUUGCUUAUUUGCUCUGAGAAUAAAUUCUGAGUCCAAGUUGAAGGAUAGCAGAGCAGUUACAUGUAUAUUAUUACUAUUAAGACUUCAAGUCAAUAAGGCGGUCAAGUGAAACAUACUUUACGAUUAUAUAAAUAAAAACUAAUUUCAAAAACAAAAAAUAUUGGCAAUAACUUUACUGCUUUAUCUGUACAAUGAGUUUGUUUACUUUUUAUAUUAAAUUAUGAUGGCUUAGAGAAAGAAAAAAGAACCAAAUCGCCAUAAUAUCAUACAAAAAUGAUGAAAGUAAGUCUGAGAAAAUAAGAGCUUAACAAAAUCAAAUUAUCAAGAUAAAUAGGUAGCAUUAAUAAAUGAAAAAGGUAAGACAUAACAUUAUUUAAAAAGAACAAAAGGAACAAAACUAGAAGUCAGUACGGUGUCAUAUUAUUAUAUUAUCAAAGUAAAUUGUACAUAUUUUUUUAUCAUUAACAUUAAAAUAUAGACGAAUAAAAUUAUAAAUAGAAAUAUCGAUUGUAUGUCAUUAAAUUAUUCGGUAUAUCAAACUAAUUUGGCUAGAUAAAUAUGCCAAACUAAACCUCUGUUAAAGUUUUAAGUACUUUACUUUCAUUUUAUUAGUUUAUUAUUUUAUUAAGUAAUAUUAAGUAUUUUGCUAUAGUAUUUAUAGUAUUUUGCUUAUACUUAUUAUCAAAUGUAUAAAAUUAAUAGCUGUUCGUUAGUCUCGCUUUUGCGAUUGGCUAAUUUUAGUCAUGAAUUAUUUGUGGAUAAAUGAACAAUGGUAACAAUUUUGUUUUUCCUUUGAUGUGUCCUUCGUCGGACGGAUUCCUUUUGUUUGUUUUAAGUUUAUUUUAUACAAAAGUUUAGGUUUAUUAUUUAUCGAUUGAGGCACUACGAAGUCUGCCGGGUCAGCUGAUAGUAUAUAUUUUACGUAUUAUAGUAUUUUACUUUUAAAUGUUUAAAAAUAAAAAAACCGAUAAUUUUAAUCGGUAUAUCUUAUUGCUUGUACCGUUUAAGUAACGCGGUGUGUUCGCGGCGCGGCGCCACGGCUCGUCCGCCCACGCGUCGCACGCAUCGCGAUCACGAGCUUUCACAACCAGCGGGAAUAUCAUCUACUAUGGCCCAAUACGCUCCGAACUAAUGUACAAAGUAAUUUUAACUUAAUUUUAUUAAAUUUAUUACUCAAUAAAAAUAAUAGAGAAUUUCUGCCGAGAAGUAUUCGUACGAUUCGGUUUGAUUUCAUUAAUUUAUUCUGAUGGUCUAUUGGGACCCCGAGCUCAUUUCUCUAGGUAAACGAUUGCAUUAGCUUUAUGAUAUCCAAGGAGUACAGCAACGAUCAACAUUAACAUGUGUGCCUAACUGCUUAAGUUAGAUUUAUUGUUUUCAUUAUCAAAUAAUAAUUACAAUUACAAUUAAAAAAAAUAAAAAUGAUAACCGGGGACAAGUAAUACACGGUUGUGUAGCUUCGAAUUAGGAUAGAUCAAUAUAGAUACUUAUAUACGUUUAAAUUUAUACGUAUAUUAAUAUUACACAUCCAGACAAAGAGCAAACAAGCCUGUGGAAAUCGAACUCACGAUCCUUCGUCCAGCAUUCAGGGAUACUUACUAACUACAGAACCACUUGGUAUAUCAUACAUAAUAUGCCUAGCUUAUCAUUACGAAUAUGAUAUAUUAUUUUAUCUUUUAGGUUUGCUCUGGUUGAAACCUACUAAAUUAGCUUUAUUAAAAAACAUUAUUUUAUGUGAUACAGGCAUGUAAAAACGGCUUUGCUCGCGUAAAUUACAAAAAAAAAGUCGCCGGAUCUUUUCAGUGUGUCGCGAUUCCGAUCCGGUGGUAGACUCUGCGAAGCAGUGCAAUUGCUAGGGCUAGUGUUAGCAAAUUCUCUCAGGAUGAGCCCGUGAGCUUACCUACUCGUCCGGGCGUAGCUGGAAUAGCCCCUGAGGCUGCCAGCGAAUAGGUAGGGAAAAAAAAGAGUCAAAUUCUACGUUAAUAAUACUUUAUCCAUGGUGAAAGGUAAUUCUGUCUUUUCUAUGCCCCUGAUAAUAUACAUUCAAAAUUUCAUGAUAUUCAGUAGUUAAAAUCGUGAAGACGUAACAUACAAAUAUAUUUUUGCAUUCGUAAUAUUAAGUAUGGAUAGAUAAUAAGAUUUCAUAAUAAUUCAUUCAUAUAAUUUCUGUAUUGCUUGUUGGUAAAAAAAAGUGUAUUAAAAGGUACCUGCAGCAAAAUAAUGAUUUAAUAUUGGAUAAUGUACGAGAGAAAUUUCAAAUCAGAAUUAUUUUAACUGAGUCGUAUAAUUGAUUCUCGUAGAGCAUUUGAUUUUAUCAUGAACGUGAUUUUAACUGUAUUUGAAUAAAGCUCUCCCUUAUUUUCCACCGGGAGGCUCCUGCGCAGAUAGCCUUCAGUCCAGUCAGUCGGCGGAGUGCAGCGCGUACGCACGCGUGUGACGCAACACACGUUCCCCCAGAGGACCGAUCGUUUUGUUUACAAACAUUACCGUAACGUACGAUUGUGAGAAUACCAUCUACGCUCGGAUAAUGUUACUUGAAUACGCAUAAUUGCUUAUAAAUCGCACUGAUAAUAUCGAAUAAGAAUUAAUUCGAAAUGAUUUUCUUUAAGUGAGAUGUCAACGCCUCGAUCCUUUAAUAAGCCGUCGCAGCCACUUUAUGUGCUACUGCGGACAUAAACAAUGUGCAUAAUGUGACAGAAACAUUUGUUGCGAUCACAUUUAGUGGUGUCAAACGAGAUCUCGCGAUAUGAAGCUCUUGAUGCUUAUUGUUUAUGUUAUCGCUCUGACGAUUUUCGUCGGAGGCGAAUUAAAGAUACGAGGUAAAGUGAGGAAGAGAUUCACCGUACACAGAAGACAUAGAGCUGUAUUGCCACCUUGCAAUUUCAACGAAACGAUUAUUGCCGACGAGUGGUCCUUAAUGGAAGCCAUUGGAAAAUCUAAAUACAUAUUUACGGGUAAAGUUUUAAAUGUGAGAAAAAUGAAAUCGGUCGAUGAAAAUAAAGGUAAAAGAUCCAAUUUGUAUCGUGUUCACUUGCGUCGAAUUUUGAAGGGGGAUGUUAACGACUUGAAAAUGUUUCUAAAAGUGGAAGGUUCUUUGGAUGAUUCAUUGAGUGGCUCAAUAGUUAUAGCUGAAAGACCUAGAGCCCAGGAGCUAUGUGCGCCGUCGCCUCGGCCGCGUCUCUCUGCAAUAUUCCUUAGCAACGAAGGCUUGCUCCUCGAUGUUGGUAGAGGACCUAUUCCAAGGCUGCGUAUCGUAACUGAUCCGGUGCCGUUGACUUUGUACCACUUGGAUCGAAUCAAUGCUGCCGUUAAAGAUUUACAUUAUCAACCAAGACCACCGGCUCCGGAAGAAGCGUGCGAAAAAACUUUUUGCCGUUGGGGUGCCGAGUGUGUGUCCCUGGGGGACGGUCGAGCCCAUUGCGCCUGUCCUACAACCUGUCCAACAUCAACUGCCCCUGUAUGCUCCACUGCAGGCCGGACGUAUCGGAACCAUUGCUACUUGCGAAAAGAGGCCUGUGAAAGGCGUCUCAACUUACGGAUUAAACACGAAGGAGAAUGUGAAGCAGGAGAUCCGUGUACGAGCGUGACUUGCCCUACGGGGGCAAGGUGUGUCUCAACGUAUGGGCAAGCUGAAUGCAGGUGUCCUCGUAGUUGUCAAAGACGAAAACCUGUCUGUGGGACAGAUGGCAAGGAGUAUCUGUCCACAUGUCAUCUCGACAAGCACGCCUGUGACAAUCAACUGAACGUGACUAUCAAAUACCAUGGAAAAUGCGAUCCAUGUUCGGAGCACGAAUGCGCCGAUGGAGGAGUUUGUCAGCUGAAUGAAGUCAGGUCGCCGACCUGCCGAUGCGGUCCAUCUUGUGAUUUAAUCGUACGACCGGGCUCAGCUGUGUGUGGCUCCGAUUACAAAGACUACCCCAGUGAAUGCGCGUUACGAAGGGAGUCGUGCCGAACUAGACAACAGCUCACUAUAGCGUACCGUGGAGAAUGCGCUUCAGCACAACACCCGUGCGACUCUGUGAAGUGCGGUCUCCGAGAAUUAUGUACUCUGGAUGCGCGCGGUGUUGCUGUGUGUGGAUGCGGCGUGGAAUGCGAGGCGAUCGUCCGGCCAGUGUGCGGAACCGACGGACGGACGUAUGACAGCCAUUGCCAUCUAGAGCGCGCCGCGUGCCUCGAUAACCGAGAUAUCCGUGUUGCGUACGCGGGACCUUGUGGUUUGGAAAAUCCGUGUGCUCGUGCGUCGUGUCCGUGGGGCGGCGGUUGUGUUGCGCGUCACGGCGCAGCGCAAUGUGCGUGCCCGGUUUGUGACGCGACACUAGCGCCGGUGUGUGCCACAGAUCAUAAUACUUACGGAAGCGAAUGUAAAAUGAGAAUGCACGCAUGUCAAGAAGGGAUAAAGGAAGGGGAACUGCGUGUGCUCUACAACGGAUCUUGUCAAACCUGCGCUGACGUCACGUGUCAAGGAGGCGGAGACUGUGUGGUGGAUAUUGAAACUGGACGCCCUACAUGCCAAUGUAAUCACAACUGCACUGAAGCACAGGAAUCGGACGUGGUAUGCGGCUCGGAUGGUCAAACAUACCCCUCGCAAUGCGAGUUGGACUCGACAGCGUGUCGAGAACAAAGUGAUUUGCGGUUCGCCUACAAAGGAGAUUGCGCGCUGUGCGAUGGUGUACAAUGUUCGUUUGGAGCAUCAUGUGCGGCGGGGGAAUGUAUUUGUCCAACCGACUGCACUGGAGCGGCGCGUGAACCAGUUUGCGGCAGUUCUAUGCAAACUUAUCCCAACGAGUGUGAACUGCAGAAGGCGGCCUGCAGAUUGCCUCCGCCAGGAACACUGCACGUCAUAUUUUAUGGAGACUGCAAAGAUCGCCUAGCCGUGGUGCCGCCAAUAGCUAUGACGACGACCGCGAUGACCACGACCGAGGCGGAGGAAGGCUCCACGAACGUCGCGGCGACGGAUGGGGGCGCGCCAGACUCGGCCGUGUGUCGCGACAUAAGAUGCGACUUCGGCGCCAGCUGCGAGGUCGGGGCUGAUGGAUAUCCGCGUUGCUCCUGCCUCUUUGAGUGUCCGCAUGACGAUGAAUACUUCCCGGUUUGCGCUUCGGAUUUUAGGCUUUACCCGAGCCUGUGUGCUAUGCGCAAAGAGGGCUGUCAAAAGCAGCUCGAGCUGAGGUUGCGGCCGCUGGACCUUUGCAAAGGUAUGGAAGUGAGGCCUUGCGGUAACAACAAAGCGAUGUUGGAUCCAACGACCGGUCUUGAAAUUGACUGCGGAAACGGACCUCACCGUCAAGAUUGCCCCGCCGGUAGCUACUGCCAUAUCACAUUGACCGCCGCGCGAUGUUGUCCUAAAAACGAUACGAAGGCGGCGGAUGAAAAAAAGUCGCAUUGUUCGGAGAGUACGUAUGGAUGUUGUUCGGAUGGUUCGACUCCAGCUACUGGUCCUCAUGAGGAAGGUUGCGUCCCUAGCACGAGCUGUGGUUGCAACAGACUUGGGUCAGUUAGGGAGCAGUGCGACGAGAGCGGUCAGUGUUCGUGCCGGGCGGGCGUGGGCGGACUCAAGUGCGACCGCUGCGAACCCGGGUAUUGGGGUCUGCCGAGGAUCGGAACGGGACAUGCCGGUUGUAUACCGUGCGGCUGUUCGGCCUUUGGUUCAGUCAGAGAAGAUUGCGAGCAAAUGACCGGGCGAUGUGUUUGUCGAACUGGAGUGCAAGGUCAGAAAUGCACUGUUUGUGCCGACCACAGACGCAGACUUGGACCCAACGGAUGCUCUGAUCCGGAAACAGGAGGCGUAGCGUCAUCUUGUUCGGAACUGUCGUGCUAUUUCGGUGCGGUUUGUACUGAGCGCACAGGAGGAGCGCUCUGUGAAUGCACAGCAGCACCCUGCCCCGACAGCGAUAUGAACAUGCUGGUAUGCGGCAGUGACGGCAAGACUUAUGAGUCUGAAUGCCAUCUAAAGUUACAAGCGUGCCGCACGCAAGAAGACAUCGUGGUACAAGCGUUCGGUCCUUGCAAGCUAAAUGAGCUGGCUGGUACAGCCGGCCCCCUCAGACCCUCAUCUCCCAUUCAAUUCACGCAACAAGACGACGGAGCGGCAUCCAAAUCAACCAGACAUCUGCUCAACCCAGAUAAAUAUUACAAUAAAUACGAUUGGACGAAGAAAGAAACAUCCAGUGAUUUCGACAGUAUUUUGACGGGCCAGAAAUUUAAAGGUUCGCAAACAGCAACGACGGCAACUGUCGGAGCGGUGGGCGCCCUGCUCGGCGACCUCUGCGCUGAGGACGCGGAGUGCUCAGCACUCGCUGGUGCAUAUUGCGCGCGCGGCGGCUGCGUUUGUAGACGUGGCUUCACACCCACACUGAACAGAAAGGCUUGUGUUGAGCAAAUAACGCAAGAGACCACAGAGGAAUACAGUGCUUGCCUAUCAGAGCCUUGUUAUAAUCUCGGGACUUGUAUCGAUUUGCCAGGAUCGACUUACACAUGUCUGUGUGCCGGUCCUUACACCGGCAACAACUGCGAGAGUCUGGUCAAAGACGAACUAUUGAAUGCUUAUAUCGAAACUCCGUCUUUUGACGGCUCAUCUUACAUACGGCUAAAACCCUUGAAAGCUUAUCACAAGUUGAACAUCGAUAUUGAGUUUAAAGCGUUCUCCGAGAACGGGGUUAUACUUUACAAUCAACAAAAGGCGGACGGAACUGGUGAUUUCGUUUCGCUUGCUUUGGUCAACGGAUAUUUAGAAUUUAGGUACAACCUCGGUAACGGUGUUCUAGUUCUGACGUCCUUAGAAAAAAUAUCUAUGAACGAGUAUCACAAAGUAUCUGCUAAAAGAUAUCAUCGUGACGGUAUAUUGUCAGUUGAUGAUAUGGAAGAUGUUGUAGGGCAAUCGAUGGGACAUUUGAAAGCUUUGGAUCUCGCCGAGGAUGCUUACGUUGGUUCUAUACCUACCAAUUACUCGAGGGUAUUCGAUAAUAUCGGUACGCGUAACGGAUUUGUCGGCUGCGUAAAGUACUUACGGAUAAUACGUCAUCAAGUAACAAAAAAAUUGGGCCGGCCCGACUCAUUAGUGAUCGCCAUUGAAAACGUUCGGGAAUGUCAAUCGAAUCCAUGUAUGAGUAUUCCAUGCACGAACGGAGGCACGUGUAAAUCUAUUGAAGGGUCGGUCACCGAAUAUACUUGUAGUUGUCCUAUUGGAUUCCAAGGAGCCAAUUGUGAUGAGAGAUUAGAUCCGUGCGAGUCAAAUCCUUGUGGAUAUGAUGAAGGGCUAUUGUGUGAUAUUGGAAGCGACGGUGGCCAUGUCUGCCGAUGUUUAUUUGGAGGUGAAAUCGGCUCCAAUGGAAAUACUUGCAGCAAUGACGUAACUGUAAUUCAAGAAACGUGGUCUCCUCAAUUCAACGGGACUAGCUACAUUGAAUUACCGCCACUCGAAGGCCUGGGCAAAGCGUUCAGAAUAGAAAUUUGGUUUUUAACGAACCGAUUUUCCGGAAUGCUCCUCUACACAGGGCAGUCUAAUAAAGCCAAGGGGGAUUUCAUUGCGAUUAACUUGGUUAAUGGUUACUUACAAUUUAGGUACAAUUUGGGCAGCGGUAUCGCAAAUAUAACGUCCCCGGUACCAAUUACAAAAGGUCGUUGGCACCGAGCUCGAGUAUCGCGCGCUGGUCGACACGGAAGUCUACAACUCGACCACCAUCCGACCCAAAAAGGCCAUUCAUUACCACCACUGACACAUUUAGAAUUGACUUUACCGCUGUUUAUAGGAUCUUUGCCCGCUUACAUCCGACCUCACAAAAUGUCAGGAGUGACGAGCAGUUUUAUUGGAGCCUUGCAACAGGUCUUUGUGAAUGGUAAUCCACUGACUCUAUAUAGUGCUGAUACGACUAAGUGCUCUAUGAUUCAAGACGAAGAACAUUUGCCUUGCGCUACGACUGGCGUUACUAAAUACACAGGACCACCUUGUGGAGAUGGUCUCACUCCGUGCAAGAACAACGGUACAUGCAUCCCUUUGCUUAACGAAUACAAAUGUAUUUGCCAUGAUGGUUAUCAAGGAAGAAACUGUGAAAUAGAAAAGGUUAACGUGGAAAUGCUUAAUGAAAGAAGCCCUGUAAAUUUCGAUGGCAAUAAUUACUUUUCCUACCGUAGUAGAACAAGUCGCAGGAAUAGCGGAGCUCGCGGUAUUAGAUACGAAAUAAAAUUUCGAACUUACAACGAUUCGGGCCUUCUUAUGUGGCGACGUAAAAUAGGUGUUCGUCCCAGAGACUUUAUAGGAUUGGGUCUUAGCGAUGGAAAGCUUCAGUUAAUAUAUACAGAUACAGAUUCUAAGGAUAUGAAUUCUGCUACCCACGAAGAUUGGUUUCAGUCUCUAGAGUCCAAGAAAAGGGUUGAUGAUGGGAGGUGGCAUACCGCGACGAUACGGCGGAGGAAGAGACUGGCCAUGCUUCAGGUUGACGACUUGCCACCGGUCAGAGGAUACUCGCAAUCAUUGCUUGUGCCCUCGAAAUCGAACCCCAAAUUAUGGAUCGGGGGCUCACCGACAUUGCCUCUGGGGUUGCCAGCCGCUCUAUACAGUGGCCUCCGCGGUUGUGUAGCGAGUGUCAAAGGGAACGGACGACAUAUCGACCUAAAUUCACCUAUACGACCGACAACCAUCUUGCGACAUUGUAAUUAAAAAAUUAAAGUGAUUAAAUAAUAUUAAAAGUAUUAUUUCUGAGAUGUUUUAAAUAGUAUAUAAAACUUGACAAUACAGAUGUAUUCUGGUUUUUAUUGUGUUUUUUUUUUUUCUUUUUGUUAGUAUCAAGUAGUAGUAUUCAUAUUAUGAUUUCAGCAUAUAUGUUUAGUGCAAUCUUUUGUAUUAUGAACAUAAAUUGAUAUGAAAUAAAAUUCUCUCUUCCCCGUACUCUCUGAAUUACGUCUAUUUUACUAUUAAUUUAUAUUUACUUUUAAUUUAAUUUACUACAAAUAUUAUAUCCACCUCUUAGUGCAUAUUCACAUAAAACAUUGCCAUAAUGAUAAUUUACUAUAAGUUUACAACUGAUCAUAUCAUUACCCAAUAUAGGUGCUCGGACACAUCAGACAUGAAAAGUAGAGUAUAAAUCUUGCAAAAACUUCUUAAUAUUAAGAAGAUCUUAUUAUUAAAUUGUUAACUCUAGUAAAUUAUAGUAUACCUAUAAAUGUUUAUUCGAAGACAAAAUAUUUUGGAAGUAGAAAUGAUGGUACGUUAUGUUUUUAGAUAGAUUUCAGUUGGGAUGAAUGCGAUUGAUUAUCUCUAUAGAUUGUCCUUUAUUUGAUACGGGGUACCCGCAAAUUUGAUCCUUAGUUAAGAAGUUUCCGUCACACAUUUUCCGCUUAUCUGAUCCAACUGCAAUCCAUCGCAACUUACUUUUAAUCAUCAUGCCUUUCUUCUGAUAUUUUAAUUUUAAAGCUUACAAUAUCCGCGGUAUCCUAUAAAUAAUAGGUUUGUUGAAUAUUAAGGCUAUUAAAUCGUGAAGUAUUGCAAUAAAAAACCAGACUGAUACUUUCAUUGCUCUUCAAACUGUUAAUGUAUGUUUACAUUAAAAGAAAAUUGUAGUUCAAUGUUUAACUGCUUUAAUAGUUACGUACAUUCCAAUACGAAAUAAUAUAAAAAUACAUUGUAAAUUUUCAUAUCGACGUGUCAUAUCAUUUUUAUUUAGAAAUCGUUAAAAUAUUAUCCCGAAAUAGUUUUUAAGAUUUGAUAUUUUAUAAUUAAAUGAACGGGAUACGAGUUUUCUGUUGGUGUGUAAUGUCGACAUAAAAUAGGACAAUGAUAAAUUUUUGGUUAUCAGUAGGAAAGUGAUUUAUUAGUUUUUAUAUUUAUAUGUAGUCGUGGUAGAAAUUACGCGAAGUAAAAAGUAUUUUACUAGCAAUCCGAGACGUGGAAUGAUAUUCGUGGAUCUUUGGAGAUCUGGUGGUUUUUGUAAAAGAUAUAUAAGAAGCACAUAUCAGCAAAUCUCACAUCUCGUUAUUUUUAAUUUACAUAAUUUGAUUUUAAUGUUUAAAGGUAAACCGUGCCAUAAUAAUUUUACCGUACAUUUUCUGUUGUAAUUUACUUUAGUUCAGUUUUUUUUAUUUGUAAAUAAUAAUGAUAAUUUAUUUUAGCAUUCCUAAUAUUUUAAUAAAUUCAGUUCAUAACAUUCCCUAGAUUAUGUUAUUGUGUGCCAUUCAUUGUCUUUAACGAAUUGCCUUAGCUUAUUUUGUGAAAAAUAAAAUUAUCCUUUUUUUAUUCACAGAUUUAUUUAUUCCGUAUAGUGAUGUCACAGUUUUAAUGUUUAAUGCAUUUUUUUGAGAUUAUCAAGUUUUAUUUAAAGGUUAGAAAUGUAAAAUAUGUAAAUAGUCUUAAAAUAAUUUUCACAUUGUUUUUACUUUUUGUAGACCUGAAACUCAGUAUGACAUAUAAAUAUAAUGACUAUGUAUAAUCUCAAAACAGCUUAAGGUAUAUACAAAUCAGUAGUUUUCGUCAAAAUAACUAAAAUAAAAGAUACUAAGUGGUAUUCAGUAUUAUAUUUAGAUUAAGAACAUAAAAUUCUUUUUAAUUUACAAACGAAUUUACAAAGGUAAACUCUCUGUAAAAGCAUUUUUUCUGCAAAAAUUUGCGAUCGUACUUGAGAAUAUGUUAAAAUUUAUAAAAAAAAACUAUUCACUUCUUAACGGUAAAAGUUUUUUUAAGUAAAAUUAAAUGAAUAUUGGAUUCACUGUAAAAUACCCGUCGUAGCGUUAAUAAAAUUUAACUGUACUAAAAAUAACGAAUUUCAUUUUGAUUUCAAUUUUAUAGCCUUGUAAAUUUGUGUAAGAGAAAAGAAGCUAAUUAACAUUAUAGUGAAACUAUGUUUAAAGGUUUAGAUAUUUGCCUAAGGUAAUGUUUCGGUUCAGGUUUCUUGUGUGCUAAAUGUAAGGCGCUUAGAUAUUCGUUUCUCUACAUUUAACGUAGGGAUCUAUUUGUAAUUUAAUGUACUAAUAAAACAAUGACAAUAUUAAUAAAAAUGUAACAGUUUCGCAAUAAGCCUUUGCAUCUCGCUUCGCGUUCGGCGAAAAAAUCUACUUAGAUUAGAAUCCGUAUAGUGAAUUCAGACUUAAAUUUAUGUGAUCCGUAUUACGUUGAGAGUUGUUAUACUUUUAAAACAAAUACGAGUAAUACACGUCUGUAUAUAUAUAUAGGGUUUUAUAAAUAUCUUCCAGUCCAGUUUGUCACGGAAUAUAAUUAUGUUUUAUGUAACUUAGUUUGUUGAGAAUAUGAAGAGAUAAUAUUAAAAUGAGACUGCAAACCGCAA